CGCAUGGCUGAGAUGGUGUCCAUGGGUGUGGGGAACAAAGCCUUCCGGGACAUCGCCCCCAACGAGGAAGCUAUCAGCGACCGCACCAUCAACUACGUUUUAAAGUGCCGAGAAGUUCGUUCUCGGGCCUCCAUUGCUGUGGCCCCGUUUGACUGUGAGAGCCCCUACCUGGGGGCCUCGAGCUCCCUUCCUGCAGACCCUGCCUCUGGCUCAGUACUAGGGUCCCUCAACCUGCACCUGUACAGAGACCCGACUCUCCAGGGCCUCCGCUGGCCCCUGUAUUCCACCAGCUUCCCAGAGGAAACAGCGCUGGAGGCUGAAGAGGAGCUGGGCAGCCAGCCAUCCUUGACUCCUGAGGACUCAGAAGUCUCAUCCCAGUGCCCAUCAGCCAGUGGCUCCAGUGGCUCUGACAGCAGCUGUGUGUCAGGGCAGGCUCUGGGCAGGCGCCUCGAGGACUUGUCCUAUGUGAGUGCCAUUUUGCCUCAUACGCACCAGCCCUCGGGAGGAGCACGGGCAAGUCCCAGCAGCUGCUUCCCAAUCUUGGUCUCAAAGCCAAGCUCCUCAAACUAAGGGACAAUCCUAUUGGGCCCUUACUGUUGCCUGCCCUGGCUCCCCAGGCCCAGCCCCUUCUUACCUGGGUCAGUUUGGUUCUAUUGACUCUGCCUUUUGAAUAGCUUUCAAUUAGAUUUGUUGUCUAAACUUAUUUCACUGGU